AUGUCCCCCUUGUCCGCCCCUAAGACAAUCGCUGGGAAGCCUGUUGGCCCCAUUGGCUAUGGCCUAAUGACCCUUACGCUGUUCGGCAACAUCACCCACGACGAGGCGACUAAGCCAUUGAAAGCCGCUCUGGAAAACGGUGCCACCUUCUGGAACGCUGGAACCUUCUACGGAUCUCCAGACGCGAAUUCUCUCCAUCUCCUCAAGCACUACUUUACCAAGUACCCGGAAGAUGCAUCGCGCGUUGUGCUCAGCAUCAAAGGCGCCUAUGAUGGAGCUACACAGUCACCAACUGCUAGUCCGGAGCAGAUUCGAGCAUCCGUUGACGAAUGCCUCACCUUGCUCGAUGGUCUCAAGUCCAUCGAUCUCUUUGAGCCCGCACGCGUCGACCCCAACGUUCCUAUAGAGGAGAGUGUCAGGGCACUUGCUGAGCUAAUCAAGGAAGGCAAGAUUGGAUCCUAUGGCCUCAGCGAGGUGAGCGCUCAAACGAUCCGUCGUGCUCAUGCCGUAUACCCUCCCGCUGCUGUCGAGAUCGAACUGAGCCUGUUUUCGCAAGAAGCUCUGGAAAAGGGAGGCGUCGUCGAAACUUGCCGUGAACUCAGUAUCCCUGUUGUCGGAUACAGCCCCCUAGACCGCGGCUGGCUGACUGGGCAAUUCAAGACUCUCGAUGAUAUCCCCGAAAACGACUUCCGCCGAUUUUACCCCCGCUUUCAGCCUGGAAACUUCGAGAAGAACGUAGAGCUAGCUGAGGCUGUUGAGAAUGUUGCUAGGAAGAAGGGGUCCACCAGCGCACAGGUCGCAAUUGCUUGGGUACAGCAGCAGGGUGUUCUGCCCAUCCCCGGUUCCACCAAGGUGGAGCGUGUCAUGGAGAACACCAAAUACGUUGAGCUUACGCAGGCGGAGACUCAGGAACUUGAGAAAGCUCUUAGCAAGGCCACUGUCUCAGGCCAUCGAUACCCUGAGAUAUUCCGUGCUCAUCUGGACAAAUAG